CAGUCUGUUGUUCCAUGUCCAGUUCUAACUGUUGCUUCCUGACCUGCAUACAGAUUUCUCAAGAGGCAGAUCAGGUGGUCUGGUAUUCCCAUCUCUUGAUAUAGUAUAGUUCAUGUAACUGUUUCCUUAAUGGGAAUCCGAGUUGAAUCUUUUCCCACCUGACUCUCCUUUUGCAUUUAUAUGCAGUGCUGCUGCAUUAAAUAUUUUGGUGCAUAAACUUUUUUUUACUUCUGAGGAUUUUUUUCCCCUUUAUAUAAAUUUGGUCACAUUUACUGAUCAAGGUGUCUGAAUAUCUUUACAGUUCUUUUGUUUGUUUUUUUUUUACUGUUAUAUUAUGGAAAAUUCCAAGCACAUGAAAAAGAAGAAAAUAGAAAAUAGUAACUCCUGCUGGGGAGGCAGCUAGUAUCAACACAGGACCCAGAUUGUUUCACCCAGAUUCCUGCCCCUCCUUGGUCCCCGUUAUUUCGAAGCAAGUCCCAGACAUCAUGUUUGAGCUUUGUAAACAUGUAUCUGCAAAAGAUAAGGACUCUAAAAAAAGCCGUAUUGCACUUGUCACACGUGAAAAAACUAACCAGUAAACCUCCAGCGACCACAUUGCUCCCAUUGUUCCAUCAUUUUUAAAAUAGUUUGUUUGAAUUCGGAUCCAAAUAAAGUCCCUACACGCAAUUGGUGGAUGUGUUUGGAGAGCCCUUCAGCCUCUUUCCUCGCUGGUCUUUCGGAGAGGGGCGAGGGAGAGGGCGCGCUUUUGUUGGCGUCUUGCAGGUGCGGGACUGUGACCCCCACGGCGCUCGGUGCCCAGGUCUCCACUCCGGCCGCCGCAGGGACCGCCCGCGUUGGACUCGGAGCAGCGGCGCCGGGCACCGCAGGAGAAUGUCUCAGGAACCUUGGAGAUGCUCUCUUUGGCUGUUCCUUUUCCUGAGCCAUGGAGUGGCAAGUUAUAGCGUUCCAGACUCCCGGCAGGAUUUGCACCCGUUGUUGCAAAAGAUGGCGGAAGAAAUAAUAGAUGGAAGCUACCUGAAUGCAUUGCUGGAUCUCAUACAGUUUCAAAGCUCCCACGUGUGGACGGCAGACCUGUCCCACAGAGUCCUGGCUUAUUUGAACUCACGGAAUGUUGCCUUCACCAUCCCCAGCCUGAAGGCAGCCAUGGAAAACCUCCUGGAGCAGCGUUUGUACCAACCCCAGAAGCUGCUGGAGGACCUGAGGGGGACAGACGCUCAGCAGUUCCACACCGCCAUGAAAUGCCUCUUAGAAGACAAGAAGGACCACCUGGAGCUGGACGACAUCAUUAUUGACCUGGGAGAGGUUCGGAAACAAGCCUUGCAGAGCCCGGGUGUGAACCGCAGCCUGUUUCUCAUCACGCUGGAGAGGUGUUUCCAGGUGCUGAACCCCCUGGACUGUGUGGAGAUCCUGGGCAGGGUGCUGAGGGGGUCCUCAGGCCGCUUUCUCCAGCCGGACAUCACAGAGAUGCUCCCGCGCGACCUGCGUGAAGACGCCUUCAAGAACCUGUCUGCGUUGUUCAAAGAUCUCUAUGAUCAGACCUCGGCCCACGCCCAGAAGGCUGUCUACUGCUGGAUGACUGGGGUUCUGAGGACAUCCUCCAAUGUGACUGAUGACUCUGUUUCAUGGGUCAGUGCAGAAAACUUAUGGAUUUUGGGCAGAUACAUGGUUCACCUAUCCUUUGAAGAAAUUAUGAGAAUUAGUCCCAUGGAAAUUGGGCUGUUUAUCAGCUAUGACAACGCCACCAAGCAGCUGGACACGGUUUAUGACGUCACACCUGAACUGGCCCAGGCGUUUCUGGAGAGGAUCAGCUCCUCCAACUUUGACAUGAGGAAUACCUCUACCAUCCACAGGCUGGGGCUGCUGGUUUGUUUCUACGAUGACCUGGAGCUGCUGGACACUGCUGUGGCCCAAGUCCUCCUUCACCAGAUGAUCAAAUGCAGCCACCUGAGGGGCUUCCAGGCUGGUGUUCAGAAGCUCAAAGCUGAGCUCCUGGAAAUUGCCACGGAGAAUCAGACCCUCAAUGAGACUCUGGGCUCUUUGUCGGAUGCGGUCGUGGGCUUGACCCACAGUCAGCUGGAAUCCCUCUCCCCCGAGGCUGUGCACGGCGCCAUCUCGACCCUCAGCCAGGUCUCUGGCUGGGCCAGGAGCCAGGUCAUCAUCUUGUCUGCCAAAUACCUGACCCACCAGAAGGUGCUGUCCUUCUACAACGUCAGUCAGAUGGGCGUGCUGCUGGCUGGGGUCAGCACGCAGGCCUUCCACGCCAUGGACCGCAGGGACCUCAUGCAGCUCCUAAGAAGCGCCACCUCCCUGCACGUGUCCGACUUGUCACCUGCCCAGCAGCACGGUGUCCUGAGCAAGGUGAUGGAAGCAGGAGAUACUGCCUCUGGCAUUGUCGAAAUACAGGGCGCUUUCUUUAAGGAAGUGUCUCUCUUUGAUUUAUGGAGGGAACCCGGAUUCAACUCCACAGUCCUGAAGGAAAAGGAGAUCCGGAGGAGUCAGGCCUUGUUCCUGUUUGAGCUUCUGUCAAAGACGACCAGGAGACCUGAGGAGCUCCUGAGUGCAGGGCAGCUGCUCAAAGGUGUGACGUGCCCCCACAUUGACGCUAUGAGCGCCGACUCCUUUCUGGCUCAUUUCCAGUAUUUCGAGAACAACUUCUCUCUGCUUUCACCGUAUCAGGUUAACUGUUUGGCGUGGAAAUACUGGGAGGUUUCCAGGUCCUCUAUGCCACCCUUCCUCUUGGCUGCACUUCCGGCUCGCUACCUGGCUUCCAUCCCAGCUUCUCAGUGUGUGCCCUUCCUGAUCAGCCUGGGGAAGAGUCAGUUGGACUCUUUGGUUUUGGAUUCCCACAAAAAAAAUUCCAUCCUCAAGAAAGUGCAGCAGUGCCUGAGCCACACCAUUGCUGAUGAGUACACCGUGGACAUCCUGGGGAACUUGCUCUGUCACCUGCCGGCAGCUGUCAUCCGCCACGGGUUGUCCCCCAGAGCCUGGGCCACCGCCCUGCGUGGCCUCAGAGACUGCCUGGACCUCAGCCCCCAGCAGAAGGCGGCGGUGAGGCUGAGGCUCCUGGAACAGCAUGGACUCCCCCAGAACUGGACAGCUGAGACAGUGAAGGAUUUGGAAUCCUUUCUAGUGCUUUUCUCAGGGGAUGAAUUAAGCUCUGUUGCCACAAAGUUUCCUGACCUCCUUCAACAAACAGCUUCCAAGAUGGCCGGGACUUUGCCCCCUAAAGAAUUCCUCCAAGCUGUGUUUGAAUCUGUUCGGAACAGCAGUGCGGAGAAGCCCAGCUCUGACCCCAGUCCUGGUUGCCAUGGCAUCGUGGCUCCCUCUUCCGAUGACAUCAUCAAGCUGGCCGAAGCCAAUGCCUGCUGGGCCCCUGAGGACCUGCUCUGCCUGGAGGAGAACACGUUCCUCAGGAGCGUGGAGCUGCUGGGGGCCGUCAGGAGCUUCAGUCUGGCUCAGCUGAGGAAGCUGAAGGAGAAGGCAGUACAGGUUUGGGACAUGCUUUCUUCCUGGAGAGAGUACCAUAUUGUUUCCCUGGGGCGCAUUGCUCUGGCUCUUAAUGAGAGUGAGCUGGAGCAGCUGGAUCUCAGCUCCAUCGAUACCGUGGCUUCCCUCAGCCAGCAGACAGAGUGGACCCCAGGGCAGGCUAAAUCCAUUCUGCAAGGGUUUCUGGAGGAUUCAGGCUAUAGGGUCCAGGAUCUGAAGAGCUUCCACUUGGUAGGACUUGGUGCAGCCCUGUGUGCCAUGAACAUCACUGAAAUCUCACUUAUAAAGAUCUUGGAAUUCAGGGUGGUGGUGGCCAGAAUCGGGACCCUGCUCUGCAGUACCCAGGUCUUGGCAGAGUUUAAGAGGAAGGCAGAAGUUGUGUUUGGGGAGCCAACUGAGUGGUCCAGCUUUGUCUUGCAGGAGCUUGGGACCAUUGCAGCUGGAUUAACUAAGGAAGAGCUCCGAAUGCUUGAUAAGGAUUUGAUGCCAUAUUUCCAGCCAUCAGCAAUCAAAUGCCUUCCUGAUGAGAUAUUCAAAGAGCUGUCGGCCGAGCAGAUCGCCUCCCUGGGCCCUGAAAACGCGGCGGCGGUGACCCCAGCCCAGCGCCGGCAGCUCAGCAUGUUGCAGCUGCAGAGCCUUCAGCGGGCGAUAGAUGGCGCCAAGGCUCGCUCCUGGCUGGAUGCGCCUCCGAGCGCCAGCCCCGCCCGGACCCCCUCCUCUCUUUCUCCUCCAGGAGCCUGGGUCUCCAGGGGUCUUGGGCUGGGCUACCUUCUCCUGGUCCUGAUGCCCAAGCUCGUGUGGUGAGUGGUGUUUGCGCAUCGCCCUGGGGCCCAGGCAGCUGGCCAAGGCACUUGCAGACCCCGAGGACGCUACAGAGGGUGGGAGUCCCCCACCCCGACUCAGAGCCUCAACGAGGGCAAGGAGACCCUGGGACUUUGGAACUGAAGAGGCACUGAAGGAAGAAUAAUUAUUAAAAUAUGGUCUUGCACCUUCUUAAACUGGCUUGCAUCCUCAGCAGGGAGACCUCAUCUCAGUCUCCCUAGUUUUCCAGCCUGGAGACAGGGACGCUGGGGAGGGGAGACCAUUUCCUGUCAACACCAUGAAGACAUUAGUACAAGUUAACACCCUCCCUCUAGAGGGAGAUGCCAGCCAGCGAUGGGUGCAGGCCAAGGCCCCUGGUUUCACCAAGGCCUGCUCUGGCUUCUCUUCUGGUUUUAAUUUCCCUUCCUCGGAGAUAUAGGCCAUAUUGGAUUUCUCCUUCUUAGAUAUUUAGCAGAGCUGAAAUAAAUGAAUCCCGUAAUAGACGCCGAUAUUCCUGCCUGAUUGUUGGGACUAAUUGAUGUUUUUGGUGGGCAUUGCAUUGCUUGGAAAUUAAAACAUUUAACAUGGCUCAACGUUAAAUCAAUUUAAAAAUGCA